CUUUUUUCUUCUCUCUAUGCUGGAUGACUGAAGCAUAGAAGUCUCGUUACCAGAAUGACGAGUCGGCUCAAGAAAGAAGCUACCAACGGUUCCCUUUCGGCUCUCACUACGCUGUGCGAAAAUGCUACCAAAGAUUCGACCACAUUUCCCGUCAUAAUAAAUGCCAUCCGCCAGCACCUUCUUGCCACGCCCGUUCCCAGGCUGACUCUGAAUUCAUCUCUCACAAAACGUGAUGAUUCUAGUCUGCAUACUAUCCGUUCAUGCUUCCUCUGCCUAAAAACCGCGCUAUCUGACGAUGCACUCAAAAGUGCAUGUAACAUUGCGCUUGUUUCCAGAUUAUGGCCAGAUAUGUGUCGCUGGAUUACGUCCUUCCUUGAUACUCACGUCGUGGACGUUUCGACUUCUUCCCUGGAAACACUUCUUCAAAAUCAAAAUUUUUUCGACAUGAUCGAUGCUAUAUUGUCUUUAUUGUUAUCGCUCUCGAACGCGUCCCCGGUCCUAACUUGUAUCCUCGAGACUGAGGACUUCAUACGUUCCUUUACCCAUUCCACCGUAUGCCUCAUGGUGGUGACCCAAUACUCCUUGCAACCAAUCACGACGGCACUCCUGGUGCGCUUUUGGAAACCAACCAGUGGCAAGACCCUUCCAGCCAUGGCCGUUGUUCUACACGAGAUGCCCCCACAAAGAAUCAUCGCCUCGCUUCAAGGAGUCGUGCAUAAAUACAGGAACUGUCCUUCACGCCACCAUCAUUACGCAACUUUGCCCAUACCAUCCAUUUCCUCUGGUUUGUCACCGCAAAGUCAGAGAGAUUCAGUCUGCGGUAUCUCGCUCAACGCUCGAUUCCGUGGAUCUGUCAUCUCUUAUCUCGUAUCAUCGCGAAAGUACGCCAAUUACCUCCCCCGGAGAUCCAUCAAGAUCUCGAAGCGAUAUUCUUUACCUCUAUCAUAUACCUUGUCGAGAUAGGCUUCACCCAAGGCACUAAAUGGCUUUUGCAAGGCUUACAAUAUCACAUAUUAGAACUCACCCUCAAAUCGAUCCCCUUUGCAUCCG